ACAUUUGCGUUUAAGAUUUUUUCCGCGACAAGAGUCACCUGUUACUAUGCUAUGAACAUCCUAGUGUUUUCACAAGGGCCACGGCUUAUUGUUUCUGUUACCCUUUAUGUUAAUAAUUUAUUUAUUACUACCAGACUGUGUAAUAUUAUUCGAGGAAACAGACAUUGCAGUGCAACGAUCGUCCAGUAAGUGGCAGGCGAACCUAGGCAAAUCUCAACAAUAGAAGAGGGCGGAUUUAAUUUGUCUUUAUCCCCUGGUUUACCAUUAGGAGGAGGUGAAUUCCGUCUCGUGGGGCCCCGUUUCUCUCGUACGGCAACCUGAUUGACGAAUAAUCACCAACGCCCAAAAGCCGGCUAUAGGAAAUGAAUAGAACUGCAAGAAGAUCCGCUUUUUCUGAUCACUGAGAAAAGACUCCCUGCUCUGCGUUUCCUGAGUGCAGUCUCCCCCGUCCCCUACGGUUCAACGGUACAGACUAUAACGCUACCGUUUAUUGCACAAAUCGUCCUCCGGUUUGUGGAAUUAGGGACUCUUCCUUCUCUUUCAGCUUUACAGGACUUAUUAUUUUACCUCGUGCGUGUUUUUUUUCCUCGCAUUUCUCCUUCAUUUGUUUCACUGCUUGAACCUCCACGACAAAAUGGCAACGCGAAUUGAUAAGGAAGCUUGCAGAGAAGCCUACAAUCUCGUCAGAGACGAUAACACAGACAUUAACUGGGCUUCCUUUAAGUAUGACGGCUCCACGAUUGUGCCUGGGGGACAGGGGACCGAUUACGAGGAGUUUAAGAGACAGUGUACAGAUGACGCACGUCUCUUCGGCUUUGUGCGGAUCACGACGGGCGAUGCCAUGAGCAAGCGGGCCAAGUUCACCCUCAUCACCUGGAUUGGCGAGAAUGUGAGCGGACUGCAGCGAGCCAAGAUCAGCACUGACAAGACGCUAGUGAAAGACAUCGUACAGAACUUUGCGAAGGAGUUCAUGAUCAGCGAUGCACGCGAGCUGGAGGAGGACUACAUCCGCGAGGAGCUGAAGAAAGCGGGCGGGGCCAACUACGACGCCCAGGCGGAGUAGAGCAGGGAAAGGGGCUUCUCUACGGGUGCGGGGUGGGAGAGGGGGGGCGGGGUUACAUUUCACCACAGCCUGGGGGAACAGGGGGAAGAGGGGUAAGGGGUGAUGCCCCUCUGUCACACAUUCAGAACUAGCGCACACCUCUCUCCGCUGCCAGUGUGAAAUCGACUACGCACACUCUCUCCUGGAGCCGGGGUGUGUUUCUGCACUGCCACCUUAACGGGAUUUUGAUAUUCCCGAUUGGAUGUCAUCUGUCUCGUCCUGUUGAGGCUGUAGUGUGUCAACACACCCCUGGAGUGGCAGUCAGUCUGCUGCACUGGCGGCUCCUCCAACCCCUGCCCCCCUCCCCUCCCAGUGGUUACUGCCUUAAUCUCCCGGAGAGAGAGGGGUGCAGAGGGAGGUCUGUGCGCUGGUACGCUGCACUGUGAUUGGCUGUGGCUGUCACCCAUACAGGUGCCCGGAUUCGGACGGUCUUCCCGUCUGCAGCCUACAAAGCAUUUUACCUUCCUGUUUACACAGCUGUACAGGGCGGUGCUCACUACCCUGUCAGUCAGCAGAGUCCAGCACAGUCUAUCUCUAGUGUAGCCUAUGUCUUUCUUUCAGAUGGAAACCCAAAAGGAAUGUUUUUAAAAAAAAGUUAAAUUUCUUUCCUUGUAGAAUUUACCCUUGGUUUACUGUGUUUUGAGAAAUGUAGUGGGAAAAGAUCAUGGUGGCCCAAGGGCACCAUUCAUCUCAUAUUAUUUCAGAAUAAACUUUUUUUCAACCU